AUGUGAGUUGUGCUUGUUUAGAGUUUAAAUAAUUUGUUAAAUGAGUGUAAUUUUGUUAUAAUACUAUGGCCUCGUUGUCGUUACCGCGCGUCCUUCAUCCUCGAAAAACCAGUCUUGAAAUUGAACGCGAAAAUUUCGAGAAAUCGCAGAUUUGCAUGGUCUUGUAUUAAAAUAAAUAAAAAACGUAUUGCAUGCCUUUUUUGGAUUUUUCUCUAGCAGUUUUUAAAAAAUGGCUAAAGUUUAUACAGAACGGGAUUAUGAAAAAUACGCUCAAGCCCUCUCGAAAGCGAUCAACAGUCAGGAAACUCCCGUAAAACAAAAACAUGUUCGUUCGGCCAUCAUUGGCACAUUUCACACUCAAGGUGCGACAACAUUUUGGUCAAUUGCUCUUAAACUACCAGCGAUGGACGACCGAAUCGUCGCUUGGAAAUUAUGUCACGUGGUCCAUAAAAUCCUCCGUGAGGGUCACCCCUUGUGCCUUGUUCAUAGUCAACGACACCGUCACGAUCUUGACGAAAUCGGAAAAUUAUGGGUGCAUUUGAGGGAGGGAUACGGCAAGAUGAUUCGUUUGUAUACAAGUCUGCUUAUGACAAAAUUGGAUUUUCAUCGGAAAAAUCCUCGUUUUCCCGGCCAUUUGGGCGUUUCGCACGAGGAAUUGGAGUCGAUUGGCGGCAACGACAUUAAUAAUUAUUUUCAAAUGACUGUGGAAAUGUUUGAUUAUUUGGAUAAUAUAAUUGACUUGCAAGCUGCCGUUUUUGGAUCACUUGAUAUGGCAAGAUCGAAUUCGAUGACAAGUGCGGGACAGUGUCGAUUGGCACCACUGAUUCCAUGUAUCCAAGAUGCUUCCAAAUUAUAUGAUUAUUGCGUCAAAAUACUAUUUAAACUACAUUCUGCCUUACAACCCGACUUACUKRUAGGACACAGACAGAGGUUUCUCAAACAGUUUAAACAAUUGAAAURGUUUUAUCAAAAUACGAGCAAUUUGCAAUAUUUUAAAGAUUUGAUUGCGAUUCCGCCACUACCAGAGAAUCCACCGAAUUUUUUAAUACAGAGUGACCUUCGAACAUACGUAACGCAAGAAGUUGUAGUACCGCAAGAACCGGAAGAGGAACAUGUGACUGAAGGUAGUCUCAUUGAUACGUCCGAAACGUCGGAUGUCAUCGAUAAUCACAGUCGACAUUCAAUUUCGCCAAGUCCGGCCCAUCAGGAAGUCUUAGUCGAGCGAGAUUUCCUCAAAAGUCAAUGCGAUAAAUUGAGUUCGGAUAUCGGAAUUUUGUUGGCUCGUAAUCAGAAAAUCGUCGACAAUUAUCAAACAAAAAUCACGAAUCUUGAGACAGAACUGGCGACAAAAGAGAGUCAAUUGGUGCAAGAGCGUCAAAUCAAGGAAGAGUUGAUGAAUCAGGCAUUUGCUGUUGCGCAGUCGCAGGAUUGUGAACAAAAAGUUAAAGAUGAGAAGUUUAAUAAAUUGAAAGAUGUUUAUGUGAAAUUACGCAAUGAUCAUAUACAAAAAUUGCGUGAAAUGGCCGAAGUCGAGAAAAAGUUUAAUCAAUUGUUGCAAAAAGUUGAAUCGAUUGAACAAUCGAAAGUCGAACUUGAGACAACGAUACUAUCUUUAAGGGAAGAAGUGGCAAAGUCGGAGGAAAAAUUACAGAAAUCUGCAAAUUGUCAAAAUGAAGAGUUGGAAACACUAAAGAGAGAUAAAGAGUUGUUUAAUAUGGAGACGGAAAUUUUGAAAAAAAGUAUCGAUGAUGCGUGUAAAGAAAGGGAUGGUUUGAUGGUCGAAUUGAGGGAAAUUCGAGGGAAAAAUGAGGGGUUGUUGAGGGAGGUUGAGGAAUGGAGUGAGAAGUUUAAGCUUUUGCAGGAGGAGAGUGAGAUAGUUAAGAAAACCAGUGAAGAUGAGAUACGAAAAAUCGUCUUGGAGUCACUCGAAAACAACGAAAUUAUCCUAAAACAAGCCCUCGACGAGAUUGACAACCCUGCCCUGACAGCCCUUUCAUGCAGUCCCGAUUAUUUACGAAGUUUAAGUAAAAUCUGUCUCGAUUCGUUAAAAUACGAAACGGAUUUGAUAAAAACAACGAAUUCUUACGUAAUCGUCAAAGCGAACGAAAUAACACAUCGAAUUUCACUGUUUGUUAUUCAAGGACGAGCGACGGGUAACAACAGUCCUGAUAUUAAUUUCGGCGAAAAAAUGGCCGACGAAUGCAAGAUUUUGUGUGGAAUCAUCCUGAAACUCCUCCAGUGUUUCAAAGACGGUUCUGACACGAAAUCGCUUCAAAAUCAGGCAAUUGUGAAACUCGAAGAAGUCGCCGCACUCGCUGAUAAUAUCAAUUUAUCAAUGAAUGGAAUAAAAGCCGAAAAUUUGGCCGAUUUACUCGAAAAUGAAAUGAUGCAAAUGGAUAAAGCGAUCGAGGAGGCGGCCAAUCGAAUUCAAGACAUGCUUACGAAAUCUCGAACCGCCGAUUCGGGCAUAAAACUCGAAGUUAAUAGCAAAUUACUCGAUUCUUGCACGACUUUAAUGCAGGCGAUUAGAGUCCUAGUGCAGAAAUCGCGAUUAUUACAGGCCGAAAUUGUGGCACAAGGAAAAGGUACGGCGAGUGCGAAAGAGUUUUACAAACGGAACCAUCAAUGGACCGAUGGUUUUAUUUCGGCGGCGAAGGCGGUCGCAGUGGCGGCGAAGUUUCUUUUGACGGCGGCUGAUAAAGUGGUUUCCUCGAACGGUAAAUUGGAACAAAUGGUGGUGGCGGCGCAGGAAAUCGCCGCCUCCACGGCGCAAUUGGUUGUGGCGAGUCGAGUGAAAGCCAAUAGGAAUAGUGCGAAUUUGCAACAGUUGACACAAGCGUCCAAAGGUGUGACGACAGCCACGGGAACGGUUGUGGCGACGGUUAAGGAUUGUAGUCAGUUGAUUGAUGAAAAUGAAGAGUUAGAUACGUCGAAUUUGACUCUACAUCAAGCCAAGACGUUAGAGAUGGAAUCUCAAGUGAGGGUUUUAGAGUUGGAGAAGGAGUUGGAACAGGAGAGACACCGGUUGUUGGCCUUGAGGAAGCAUCAUUACAAGCUUGAGGAGGAAAAUUGAGGAGGCUCAAAAUUUCGCAUUAGAGAAAUUCCAAAGAUAAUUGUUAAGUAUGACUACAAACCGUUGCAUUUUACGUAAUUUAUGCGUAUAUUAAUUUAACAUUAAUUUUAUAACUGUUUGUAAUUAAUACAUGAUGUAAUAAAUUAUUGUAACUA